AUGAGUGAUUCUCUUCCAAAUAUGUAUGGACCUAAAGAACAGAUUGAUGCUUUAGCAAAGGGAUUGGGUGUACCAAUCCCUUCAAAUGUCAAAAACCGUUAUGUUUUCCCUUGUAAGAAGAAUAUGCCUGAUAUUACAUUAACUGUAGGCGUAUUGGGUGGAACAACUGCAAAUGUUAUUCUGAAGCCAGACCAGUAUAUUGAAAAAACAUUCAAUGAUACUGGAGAGGUAUGUCUCUUUUCUAUGUUUGAAUUAAAAGAGGUAUCUCUGAAGUUUGGAGGCGAGAAUGUUGAAUAUUUGUGCUUUCAAGGAAGCGGAACUGGUUCCUGGAAAUUGUCAUCCUCUAUUGACAAUGGAUUAGAGGAUGACAAUGGAUUUAGAGAAUGGAUUAGAGAAUCGAUGGAUUUGUUGGGAUUAUUAGGGAGUAAGCGGAUUUAGAGGAGAUAUCGAGAGAUCUGGGAUUAUUAAGUUGUCAAAUAUAUCAUUUCAACGAUGUAGAGAGUAUGGAUUAAGAAAGAUACCGGGGAUUUGUAAGGAAAAGGGAUACUUGGUAAAGAAGAGGAAGAGGAAGAGG